AUGCCUGCCCAGAAGCUCCCGCCGGAAGGAAGCCUUGGAGCCCAGAAAGUGGGUGAUGGCAGCAGCAAUGCCAGUAACAGCCAAGCGGAUGAAGCGAAUAAGCCGGGGGAUGAUUGGGAGGCCCAUGAAUACCGCCUGGAAGACCGCGGGAAGGGGCACGCCUCGGAGAGCAACCUGUCGUCGACGGGGGCUUCUUUGGGGGCGCUCCGAAAGGGGCCCACGGUGCUCAUUGACCGGCAGCAGAUUCGGUCGGUGGCCCUCAAGGACCAGGCGCUUGAGCUCCGAGGCCUGGGGGUUGAGGUCUACGACCAAGAGGUCUUGGAGCACGGAGUCCUUCAGCAGAUAGACAAGGCAAUCAGCGAAGCCACUAAAGUGGGCCCAGCCCAGGAUGGUGAUGGUGAUGGUGCUGCUGCUGAAACAGACGGCCAGGCGGAGUGGGAGGAUGUGGGGCCGUGUACAUCCUCUCCAAAACCAUCUGCUACAAACCAUAUGGAGCAAAUUAGACCUCAGACUGCGGCUAAUAAGGAUAAUAGUAGAAAACUGGAUUCUGGGAAAGAACAAAACUGCAACAAAGAGCAAGAGUUUAAAAAAAUGAAAACGAAACAAAAGCACCUUCAAAAUGCUGGUGAAGAAGAAGGGCCUGGUGGUGAUGGAAGAGCUGCUGCUGCAGUUGAGGAAGGCGAGACUGAGGCAUCCAGUGAUGAGUUUGGAGGCCCUGUUGCUCCGGGCCCUUCGUCCCUCCGGAGGAUGCUGGCGUCAGCGGAGGAGGAGACUGAAUGGGAGAAGCUGAUCCGAACCGGCCAGAUGACUCCCUUUGGGACGAAGAUGCCCCGGAAGCCGGAGAGGGGGAAGCCCCGCAGGGUGAUGCUGAACGACACUUCGGGUUUUGAAAAGCUGCUGGCAGAUCAAGCGGAGCUCCUGCUGGAGAGGAAGAAAGCCCCGUUCCGUAAGGGAGGCCGGCCCGGAGCACCCUCGCAGGGUCCUCGGGCCAAAUCCCCCGUCUCUUUGGCGAAGGGCCGGGGGAACGAGGGCCCACCAAAAGCUGGCGGCCCUCUGCAGCAGCAGCAGCAGGCUCCCCGGCUGCCGGCCAAAGCCAAGCUCCACCGGGGACAGCAGGAGGGCUGGGAGGCCUCUGGAGGCAGGAGGUCUCCCGAAGGGCUCAGCGUUUCUGAGGAGGAGGAGGAGGGUGAAGACGUGACUCCCGUGUCCUGGGAAGACUCCCUGAAGCAGGAAAGCCAGCAUGGCACGGAUGAGGAGUUCUUCCCAAGCUCUUCGGAAGAGGACGAAGGAGAAGGAGAAGUGGGCGUUACUAGGAAGCGGAGAAUAAAGAGAUACAAGGAUGAUGGCAAUGAAGACUACUACAAGCAGAGGUUAAGGAGGUGGCAGAGAGAGCAGCUGAAGGACCGAAAAGGGCGCCCGAGCGAGGGCGAAGAGUCUGGCGAAAGCGACGAGGAGUUUCUGGAGGGUUUUAAAGUCCCAGGUUACCUCUUCAAGAAGCUAUACAAGUACCAGCAGACAGGUGUGAGGUGGCUGUGGGAGCUGCACUGCCAGCAGGUGGGGGGGAUUCUGGGAGACGAGAUGGGCCUGGGCAAGACCGCCCAGAUAAUUGUCUUCUUGGCAGGCCUCAGCUACAGCAAGAUCAGGACGCGCGGCACAAAUUACAGGUACACAGGGCUGGGCCCCACGGUGGUUGUGUGCCCAGCCACCGUCAUGCAUCAGUGGGUGAAGGAGUUCCACGCCUGGUGGCCGCCAUUUAGGGUGGCAGUUUUGCACGAGACGGGCUCUUACGCUAAUAAAAAGGUGAAGCUGAUUCGUGAAAUUGUGGCCUGCAAUGGAAUCUUGAUAACCUCCUAUUCCUACAUCCGCUUGUUGCAAGACAACCUUCAGAAGCACAACUGGCAUUAUGUGAUUCUGGACGAGGGACAUAAAAUCCGGAACCCCAAGGCUGCAGUUACACUGGCUUGCAAACAGUUCUCCACCCCUCAUCGGAUCAUAUUGUCUGGGUCACCUCUGCAAAACCACCUGAAGGAGCUGUGGUCCCUCUUUGACUUUGUCUUCCCAGGGAAGUUGGGGACCCUCCCUGUCUUCCUGGAGCAGUUCUCGGUCCCCAUAACCAUGGGGGGGUAUUCCAACGCCUCCCCGGUCCAGGUGAAAACCGCGUACAAGUGUGCCUGUAUCUUACGGGACACGAUUAACCCUUACCUGCUGCGCAGAAUGAAGGCCGAUGUUCAGAUGACCCUCUCCUUGCCGGAUAAAAAUGAGCAGGUAUUAUUUUGUCGCUUGACGGCUGAACAGCAAGAACUUUACAAAACAUUUAUUGAUUCCAAAGAAGUCUAUCAGAUUCUCAAUAGAGAAAUGCAGAUAUUCCCUGGGCUGAUAGCCCUGAGAAAAAUCUGCAACCAUCCAGAUAUCUUUUCUGGUGGACCUAAGAUCCUGAAGGGGACACCCGAGGAAGACUUGAGCGAAGAAGACCGGUUUGGAUUCUGGAAGCGUUCUGGGAAGCUGAUCGUCGUGGAGUCUCUGCUGAAAAUAUGGCACAGGCAGGGCCACCGGCUGCUGCUCUUCACCCAGUCCAGGCAGAUGCUGCACAUCCUGGAAGUGUUUUUAAAGGAAAGGAACUACUCCUACCUCAAAAUGGACGGCACCACCACAGUGGCCUCCAGGCAGCCUCUGAUUGCCAGAUUCAAUGAGGAUGCGUCCAUCUUUGUCUUUCUCCUGACUACUCGAGUUGGUGGGCUUGGGAUUAACCUGACAGGGGCCGACCGGGUGAUCAUCUAUGACCCUGACUGGAAUCCCAGCACAGACACCCAGGCCCGGGAACGCGCCUGGAGGAUCGGCCAGACCCGAGACGUGACUGUGUACCGGCUUCUCACUGCAGGGACCAUUGAAGAAAAGAUCUACCACAGGCAAAUAUUCAAACAGUUUCUAACGAACAGAAUCCUGAAGGACCCAAAGCAGAGGCGUUUCUUCAAGUCCAAUGACCUCUACGAGCUCUUCACCCUGAGCGCCCCGGACGGAGCCCAGGGGACAGAGACCAGUGCCCUCUUUGCAGGAACCGGCUCUGAUGUUCCAGCACCGAAGCGGCCACUGAAGCGUCGCAACGCCAACGUCUCUGGAUUUUCCAGAAGAUUCGAGGGGGUGCCAAUUCCUCACCUGGUGAAGCAGAGGAAGUACCAGAAAGAAGAUUGCGAAGAGGGGCUGCGAGAGCCAAAGAAAAGCGACGAUUACGUUUUGGAGAAGCUUUUCAAAAAAUCAGGAAUACACAGCGUGAUGAAGCAUGACGCCAUCAUGGAAGCUUCCAGUCCAGACUAUGUGUUGGUGGAAGGCGAGGCCAGCCGUGUCGCUCAAGACGCCCUCCGAGCCCUGAAGAUUUCUCGACAACGAUACCGGGGAGCUGCUUCCACGCGGACGGAUGACGCCCCAACCUGGUUAAAAAGCAGAUUUGGACAGAAGAGGAACCCAAAUUUCGUGAUACCAUCUUCUUCCUAUGAAGCUUCAGGGAAAAAGUGCAAGUUGAAACAGGAGCAACUCAUAGUGAACGAGGAGGGCGAGAGAGAGAGGGGAGGGGAGCCGGCCCGUGGAGUCUCUCCCUUGGAUGGAGAAGCAGGGGCAGCAGAGGCCUCUUCCAGCGCCUUGGACUCCUCUUCGCUGCUGGCUAGGAUGAAGGAGAGGAACCACCUGACUGGAUCCCAGCAGAGGGAGGAUCAGGCCGAGGGGAGUUUUCAGCACACGAUCCGCGGGGCCCCCACAGCCACCGAGCAGGAUGAGCUGCUCUCGGACAUCCGGAACUUCAUGGCUUUCCAGGCUGAGCUGCAGGGCCAGGCCAGCACUCGGGAAAUCCUGCAGGAAUUCGGCUCCAAGCUGACCACGGAGCAGUCCUGCAUCUUCCGGGAGCUUCUGAGAAACCUCUGCACUUUCCACAGGAGGCCGAGUGGCGAAGGGCUCUGGAAACUCAAACCAGAAUUUACAUGACUGGGGAUGCCCCCCCCUCAC